UUGUUUCUUUGUACUUUGCGAUUUUUGCACAUUAUUAACUAUUCUUUCAACAUCACUCACUUUUCAAUCCUUGCGUAUGCAGAAUCUCCUACCCAUUUAUGUGUGUCCGUACGUGACUACUACUGCUACAAAUUCCAGAUUCGUCCCGGGGUAUUUAAUCCAAUACUUCAUGGAAAGCGGCUUUUCCAGCAGUUCGCUGUCGACACGUACAUCAAGAUUGAGAGCUCUCGUUUAGAUUUCAUACGUAAGAAUCAGGAUCGUUUAAGGGCAGACCUAUACCAGGGCUUGGUGGAUAGCAUGUUAGAUGGAGAUAUCAGAGCAGAAAAGGUUGGGAAGCGAACUGUGCUGUCUACGUCAUUUAUUGGUGGUCCUCGUGACAUGAAACGUCGGUAUAUGGAUGCUAUGGCUCUGGUGCGGAAGUUUGGUAAACCGGACAUCUUUCUUACCAUGACAUGUAACCCCAACUGGGAUGAGAUAAGGAGAGAGCUUCUCCCUGGGCAAACACCACAAGAUCGUCCCGAUCUUGUAGUGCGUGUCUUUCAUGCGAAGCUACAGGAGUUAAAGCAUAGGCUGACUAAACAGGAUAUUCUCGGUAAGGUCCGGGCCUACGUCUAUGUCGUGGAGUUUCAAAAGCGGGGUUUGCCACAUGCCCAUUUUCUACUCAUCAUGCAGAGGAAGUACAAGCUAACGUGCCCUGAGCAGUAUGACCUUUUGAUCUCAGCCGAGAUCCCACACAACAAGUACCCUGAACUACGAAAGAUGGUUAUCAAGUAUAUGAUGCAUGGCCCGUGUGGGUCGUUAAACCCUAACUGCCCAUGCACUAAGGGCCAUGUAUCGUGCAAGAAUCAUUACCCCCGGCCUUUCAGUGACACAACCUUGCAAGGGAAGGACUCAUACCCGAUUUACAGACGUCGUGAUGAUGGGCGUAAGGAAAAGGUUCGAGGGUGCGAAUUGGACAAUAGAUGGGUUGUCCCUUACAACCCUUACCUCCUUCGUCUCUUCAACUGUCACAUCAAUGUUGAGGCGUGCGGAUGCCAUCGGCGCUGCGACGACUUUUUGCCACAAUACUGGUGUACUGUGAGCCAAGCGACGUGGCGGUACUCUGGCAGAAUCACCUAG